UCUGUGUGUGUGUGUGUAGCUUCAUGAAGUACAGUGAGCAGUACCUCCACCAUGACCCCAUCAUGUCAGGCUGUCUCCCUAGCAACCCCUGGAUCUCUGACGACACCUCACACUGGACCAUCAACACUGACAUGGUGGGCACUCCAACCAGGUUGAGAGUGGAGCGCUGGAGUUUCAGCUUCAUGGAACUUCUGAACGACUCCAUGGGAAGACGAGAGUUUAUGAUCUACCUGGAGAAAGAAUUCAGUGCGGAGAACCUGUGUUUUUGGGAGGCCUGUGAGGACCUGAGGCAUGGAGAGAGCUCCAAGAUCAUCCUAAAAGUAGAGGAGGUUUACAA